GUCAAACAAUUGGACUGCCGGCCAGCUGGAUUCCCAGAUAAUACGUAUACUACAUCAUUGUGUUAACUCUUCGCCUCGGUUUCAGUGUCUGCCUGGUCGAUCCUUUGCGCGUUCCUGCGUCAACGCGUCUAGGCCCUGGCACAGCGUCGGUGACACAAUCCUGUCAUUCCCCUGUGGGCCUGUGGCCGGUCCCAAGCACUCGGUUCCUUGUGAUCACUUGCAAUCAAUGAGGUGUAACUUGGUUUCCCGGCAGGUUUGAUUACUUUCGGAGAACCUCCUUUCCAUCCUCAACCCUUUUUCCGGUUAAAAAUAAUUUGAGCCUGGUGCAAACGCCAAAGUUGGACGGACACCCAAGGCGACAUCAACAAGAUGUCCACCCAGCAGAUGUUACCCAAGCUCUUUAUCCAGAUGUCCGGUGCGCCAGGUUCUGGGAAGAGCACUACAGCGAGGCUGCUCAGAAACAGCAUCGAUGGCGUGGUCAUCGACCAUGAUAUUCUCAGGUCUACUAUGCUCGAAUCCGCUGUAGGCUUUGAUCAGGCUGCGAAACUCGCCUACGACCUACAGUGGGCACUCGCCCAGGACAUCAUGAGGCAGGGCUUGAGCGUCAUCAUCGACAGUACCUGCAACUUCCAGGAGGUUCUCGACAAGGGAUCUGUCUAUGCUAAGCAACAUGGCUACGCUUAUUGGUAUGUCGAAUGCAAGGUUGAAGAUAUCGAUGAGUUGGACAGGAGGCUGCGCACGCGAGACCGUAUGGCAAGUCAGCGAAGCAGUGUCGACCAGCCUCCCGCUGCAGCAGUGGCAGCACGUGGCGGAGAGGAGAACCCUCGGGCGCGCUUCAAGAAAUGGAUUGAGAGUCCAUGCCGCCCAAAAGACAAUGUUAUAAUCGUGGACUCUACGGGGGACAUGGACACGCUCCAAGACUGCAUCCUGAAGCAGAUUGUUGGUUUCGGUGGCUGUGGAGGAAUUGUCGACUCCUCACUCUGACCAGACUGGAGUCUGUGAGAGCUGGGCCAUCUGGGGCGAGGGAUCACAAGUAACGACAUGUCGGUGCGCACUGUGCACCUGGCCCACUUCCGAGUGGUCGGUUCAUCCCUGCCCAUCAACUCAAGUCAAGUCAUUCCCACUGAACUUCCAGUCUGCUAAUGA